AUGGCUGCCGUGGAGCUGCACCUCGUCCGCCUCCCCAACCCCACCCGCGCGCCCACCUGCAGGUGUGAGAUGAAGAAGCAGGCCCUUCCGGUGCUGUCGCCCACAACAUUUGCUUUGGAAAAAUUUGACGCAGCUGAAUGGAUCUCGAUACGGACUCUAGGGUUCGGUGUCGCUAAUUCCGUGUCCCAACCGAGCGUACGGGAGGCUUCGUCUUCUGGCAUCCUCGCCGCCGCCAUGGCCAGCCGAGAUGGUUCAGGGAAUUACCGCGGGCGUGCACCGCCAGCGGGAGGGCGUGGUGGAGGCCGGUGGGACGGUGGCCCCAAUGGUGGCCGACUUGAACAAGGGGGCCCGAGCGGUACAGCGCCAUCGUCGGGAGGGCGUGGUGGAGGCCGUUGGGAUGGAGGUCCCAAUGGUGAACGCAUGCAGUAUGAGCACGGGGGUCCGAGCGGCACAGCGGAGUCGACGGAAGCUGGUGAUAGGCAGGCCAGCAGUACUGUUUAUGGUGACGGUGUGUUUCGGGCUGGUGAUGUUCGCCCGAACAACUACGGGGCUGGUAAUCGUAACCCAAAUUUCCGUCCAAACAAUGGCGCCGGCGAUGGCCGUCGAAAUUUUGGAGGAAACUAUGGGAGCUACAACAACCGGAGGUUCACCAAUUCUGGUUAUGGAGGAAGGUAUGACUCAAAUCGUAAUGCAUAUAAUAACGGAGGUUUAUCGGCUAGAGAGCAGCAAUUGGUUAAGCAGACAGCUGAGACUUAUGUGCCAAAGGUUAACCAAAAUGCUGCUAUUUCUCCAAACCUUGGCCAUUUGCAACAGGAUCAAGACAUGGAGCAGCGUUCAGUGGAUGUAUCCAUUGUGGAUGCAGACAUUGAUGAACAGGGAAGAGGGAUGGCUUCGGAUGGUGGAUCAGAUGCUGGCGGUUCUGUCCAAACGAAGAAGAAGGGUGGUCCAACUUCCUAUCGCUGUAAGAAGCCGGGCCAUUGUGUGAAUGAUUGCUCUGUUGUGUUGUGUGACUGUUGCCAGAAGUCCGGACAUGCUACUGCUGAUUGUCCUCUUCUGAAAGCACCAAGGCCGAGGAUUGCUAUGUAUGGUCUGGGACAUCCAGAUCUUUCAUUCUGGGAACUGCCCCUGUCAGAUUCGGUGAGACCUUGUGUGGAAAACACGAGGCUUGGACGUGUGAAGAUUACUGGAGGGUCUCUCUCAAUUGACGAAAUUGUUACACAGUUGAGAUGGAUAGUGGACACAGAUGAUCAGUAUCAGUGGGAUGUACAGAUGGUUGAGCAAAACAGUUUCAAAGUAAAUUUCCCAAGCAAACAUGAUCUUGUGAGGGUGCAGCGGUUCGGUCGAUUCCAGGUUCAAGGUACUCAGAUACAUAUGCACUUUGAUUUUUGGAAAAUAGAUAUUCAACCAGCAUGGACUCCGGAGGAUGUUUGGGUACGGGUAUAUGAGUUACCUCCUCUGGCUCUUGAUGAUUUUUUGGCUAUGUGGGCUAUUGGGGAUGUCUUUGGUAAAACAAAGGACUUGGACAUUGUUUUCACUAGAGCCAAUAAUGUUCUUCGUAUUCUGGUUACUUGUCUUGACCCCACGUUGAUACCUAACACUUGGGAUUUAAAGGUUAAGAACGAUUUUUUUCGUCUUCGGUUUGAGGUAGAGGGAUUGCAGCGUCCACCUCCGGCUGAUGUUGUUAUGACAGAUAAUUCUAAGGAAGAUGAUGAAGGUGCUGGUGGCAAUGGCCAGAGCGGAAACGCUUCUCAUGGAGAUAUUACAAGGUCUAUGAAUAUAUCUAACAGUGAAAACAAUGGGGGUGACAAGAGUCAGAAGUCUGCACAAAAGUUUGGCAAAGAGCUUGCAAAGUCUCCUACGGGUGCAGCACAAAACCUUGGGAAAAAUUCGGAUGGUAUACUAUCUCCUAUGAGCAUGGAAGAUAAACAUAAUGAGAAUACAGUGAGUGCUCAUUUUGGUGGAGCAAAAGGUUGUACUGAAUCUGCUAGGCACUCUGAUAACAGCCAGGCAGAGUUCAUGUUACAGUCACAACGACUAAGCCAUGCAGCGCAUGCAGCAUCCACCGCGCACGCUGCUGUGACGAUGGCGGGCCGGAAUUCUGCGCCGGGUGCGCAAACUGGGCGGCAUACAGGACAUGUUGCGCCUGUCGUGCAACAUUCUGCGCCGAUGGCGGGCCGUAUUGUAGCGCCUGGGGUGCCUAGGUCGGCCGCGCCAGCUGGGGUCGCAGCGUCUGGGCUUGUUGCGCCGGCGGUCUUGGCGCCCACUGUCGGGCGGACGACACCGUCAGGCCCUAUGUGGCCAGAGCAAGGCGGGACACAGGGGGGAGUUCACCAGCCCAAUAUGCAUGGGCAGGCAGCUUCCCGAGGUACGUCGCUUGCUGGAAGUGUUAUGAAUCCGACUUCCUAUCCAGCCUCCUCAGUUAUUCCAGCUAUUGAUAAUACUAUCUUACCUUCUUAUGCGAAUGUCGUCACAGAGGGAGUUAAAACUUACUCACGGGAUGAUAUUAUUGCGUUCGGAGGAAUUCCGGAGCCAAGGGCGUCGCACGUGCGUUCAAGUGUGAGAAUUGGGGCUCAAGCGACAGCGGAUCAUACGCAAAUGGAGCGGGCUAUGUAUGCUGCUCAGCGUCGGUAUGAUCCAAGCGCAACAGGUUAUUCUUCGUGCGGCGCAUUGGAUACAACUAUGGGCAUAUUUGCUCCCGGCGGACCAGCGGGAUACCAUGGUUUCUGGAUGCAACCGGCUCCUGGAGGUCACUCAGGAUUGCUAUUUCCGGGCUACUGGAUGACGGCACACUAG